GGGCGAGCAGUAGUUACAACGUGUGUUCAUGUGUUGACAUAUCACAUUUGCAGCGAUCUAUUGCAUGCACAGACUUUUGCGCAGAGACAUUGUUGCAUAGACCACGUCUAUGCGUCCGUGGCUGUGAGAGCGCUUUGAACAUAAUCGCAACUCACAUGCCCGUUGACUGUGGGAAACUGCAAGAGAAACAAACAAGUUUCUUAUCACGGAAUCUAUGCGAUACGAGGCGCGUAUCAGUAGUUGCCAACACCUGUUGUUACCUUUAAAUGUGAUAAGGGGCUUAAAUUGUGGCUGCUGAUGAUAGGUGUUGCUUUACGAAGAAAGGAAAAUACCAUUUGACACUUAACGUCAGCUUAACCAAAAUGACGAAGGAAGGACUUAGUUCGGGAGAUCCUAAUUCCUACUCCAAUCCCGAUGAAGUUGCCGUCUCUCAUUUAGAUGUCUCACUAACUAUUGAUUUUGAACGCAAAAUCUUGAUAGGCGAAGUGAACUUGACCACUGAGAAGAAGAAGGAUGAUGCUCACCUCCUGGUUCUUGACACAAGAGAACUUAAAAUAAAGGACAUAUCAGAUAAGGACACUGGUACUAAGCUCGACUACACCAUUGACAAAGAUGACCCUGUGUUUGGAUCCAAGUUGACAGUAAAAUUACCUUCUAGACUUGGCAAAAAUGUGAUUGUGAAAAUAGAGUAUGAAACAUCUCCAAGUGCUAGUGCACUCCAGUGGCUCUCACCUCAACAGACAGCAGGUGGAAAGCACCCAUAUCUUUUCAGUCAGUGCCAGGCAAUUCACUGCCGUUCAGUGAUUCCAUGCCAGGACUCUCCAGCGGUUAAAGUUACAUAUUCUGCUCAGAUACGUGCUCCUGAAGACUUGGUUGUGUUGAUGAGUGCUGUGAGAGAUGGUGAACCAUCUCUUGUUGGUAAAGGAUUAAAACUUCAUAAAUUUCGUCAGAAUGUGCCUAUACCUUCAUAUCUGUUUGCUAUUGCUGUCGGAGCACUGGCGUCCCAUCGACUGAGUCCCAGGUGCCAAGUGUGGAGUGAGAAAGAGUUUGUAGACCAAGCAGCCUACGAAUUUGCUGAGACUGAGAAAAUGCUGUCCAUUGCAGAAGAUAUCUGUGGGGAGUAUGUAUGGGGAGUUUAUGAUCUUCUUGUGCUACCUCCAUCCUUUCCCUUUGGAGGUAUGGAGAACCCUUGCCUCACAUUUGUAACACCAACAGUGCUGGCAGGAGAUCGAUCACUAGCUGAUGUUGUAGCACAUGAAAUUAGUCAUAGCUGGACAGGAAAUCUUGUCACAAACAAAAAUUUUGAACAUUUUUGGUUAAAUGAAGGAUUUACUAUGUUUGUUGAGCGCAAAAUACUUGCACGUUUGAUUCAUCCAGACCAACGGAAGUUUUCUGCUUUCUGUGGACUUAAAGAUCUCAGAGAUGCGAUAAAUACCCGAGGCCAGAACGACCCGAUGACUUGUCUCGUGCCAGAUUUAAGAUCUGUGAGCCCUGAUGACUCAUUCUCAGUUGUUCCUUAUGAGAAAGGUCAUACAUUUUUAUACUACUUGGAGGAACUAGCUGGUGGCCCUGAGAAAUUUGAUCCAUUUCUAAGAGCAUACCUUGAGAAAUUCAAAUACAAGUCAAUUGGAACAGAUGAUUUCAAGGAAUUUUUGUAUGAAUACUUUGCUCAAAAUGAGGAUCUGAAGAAAGUUGAUUGGGACACAUGGUUAAAGAAGCCAGGAAUGCCACCAGUCAUACCCGAUUACAAAACUUCACUGGAGGAAACAUGUACUGACCUUUGCAAGAAAUGGGUGAAGUGGUCAGAAACUGAAUCUUGUCCAUUCUCUGCUACAGACCUUAAAAAUCUGAGUUCCUUGCAAGUGAAAGAAUUUCUGGCUCAGCUGUUAGAAGAGAAACCAUUAUCUCUUGAAAAACUCAAGACUAUGGAAAAAAUUUAUAAGCUUAAUUCAGUAAAAAAUUCAGAGAUUCGAUUUAGAUGGCUACGUUUGUGCAUUAGAGGAAAGUGGAAGGAACAAAUUCAGCAUGCCUUGGACUUCGUGACAGAGCAAGGACGUAUGAAAUUUGUGCGACCAAUUUACAGGGAGUUAUAUGCAUGGGAUGAAGCCAGGGAAGCAGCCAUCUCAUCAUAUAAAGCACAUGCUUCCAGCAUGAUGUAUGUCUCUGCUUAUACAGUUGGCAAAGAUCUCCAUCUCAACUGAACUAAUAAAAAAAAUGUUUGGGUACUACUUUGGAGCAUUUUAAUACCUGUUUAGUGUAUUAAAACCUGUAAACCACUCUGACAGUGGAUUUGACUACAUAUAAUAAAUAAAAAAAGUAACAACAAA